UGUAUGUUGACAUGAACCUAGAGCAAAGGACAGGUACAUUUUAGCAAAUUAAUAUUAUGAGGUCUAGGAUAUGCCAGUUUGUAAUGGUCCUACAUAAAUGUGACCCUUUAAGAAAUGGUCUGAAUCUGUUCUUCACUCCACCAUCUAGGGCCAGGGAAAGUGCCCAGAACUGAAGCCUGUAAGAAUGAAACUCUUUGUAACUGAAGGUGUAGAAAAAGCAGAUUUCCAUGAACAGCAAUGCCUCUUCUGCAACAGGAAGAACUUCAGGUUCAGUAAUAUUUAGAGAAGCUCAUUAGAGACAAGUCAGGUGAUCAACUGCUUAGUGUCCAAAAGAGCAAAAUGGAUGAGGUCCUCUCAAACAAGUCAGAUUCAAAAUAAUUUUUGGACAUAAGACACUUACCUAGAACUUAAAUGCAGAAAUGUCUUGCUAUGGAAGAAUCUUUUUUUUUGUGAUGGUCCUUUUCGUACUGAUUCUGUACUCCCUCUUGUACUAUUGGGUAACACAAAACUCUUUCCCAUCAAAGUCGACAGGGCCGAUUGACCUCUGUCAAGGUGAGAUUGCCAGGGAUACAAUCACAGCAUUAAAAUAUAAUAAAACAUUUAUAAUAGCACCAUACUUUGACAAAAGACAAAUAAACCUCACUCGUGUAAUUGGGAUUGUACACCAUAAUGAAGUAAGAGAUCUUUAUUGCUGGUUUUGUUGUCAAUCUGAUGGCAAGGUAUCUGUGGAAAGGGCAGCAAUAGAUGUUCAUUCAGAUCUAUUUGGAUUCCCUUAUGGUACAGCAGAUUUACUUUGUGUGGAGCCCCAAAACUGUGAUCCAAACUAUGUGUCAAUUCAUUGGUCCUCUAAAGGAAAUAUUGUCCGGCUACCAAGGUUUGAAAUAAAAAACCGUGAUGACAAGACCCUUUCUGUUGAAUUCACUGUGUGCAUCUCUACCAUGUUUGGAAAUUACAACAAUGUCUUACAAUUCAUACAGAGCAUUGAGAUGUAUAAAAUUCUUGGGGCACAGAAAGUUGUUAUCUAUAAGAACAGCUGCAGCCAAUUGAUGGAGAAAGCCUUGGAAUUUUAUAUUGCAGAAGGAACUGUUGAGAUAAUUCCCUGGCCAAUUACUUCAUACUUCAACGUUUCUUCUUACUGGCAUUUUUCUAUGGAUACCAAAGACAUUGGCUACUAUGGACAAAUCACUGCUCUAAAUGAUUGUGUUUACCGCAACAUGUACAGGAGCAAGUUUGUGCUUCUUAAUGAUAUUGAUGAAAUUAUUCUGCCCAUUAAACACCUGGACUGGAAAACAAUGAUGAGCAGCCUUCAGGAGCAAAAUCCAGGGACUGGCAUUUUCCUCUUUGAGAACCACAUCUUCCCUAAAACUGUAUAUUCUUCGAAUGAGGCAUUCAACAUUUCAUCCUGGAGUGCUGUACCAGGGGUCAACAUACUCCAGCAUAUUUAUAAAGAGCCUGAUAGACCAUGGGCCUUCAGUCCUAGGAAAAUGAUAGUUGAUCCAAGGAAAGUGAUUCAGACUUCGGUCCACUCUGUUCUAAAGGCCUAUGGAGGCAGCCUAGAAGUUUCCAGGGACAUUGCAAUUACUUAUCAUUGCAGAGACCCUCUCCAAGGAAACAUACCUAAAAAAUUUCUCACUAAGGAUCCAACUCUCUGGAGAUAUAAUUUGUCUUUGAUUAAGAAUGUUAACAAAGUGCUAAAAAAGCAGUACUUCAAAUGGACCAUGAAAAAAGUAUUGCAGGUAUUCUCAGAAGCCAUUGGAAACACCUUUAAAGGGAUAGUUAUAGACAUUUCUACUUUAUAAAUCCUAAGGCCCCCAUUUGUAAAAGGGCAAACCAAUUUAGUCAUAAUUUUGCAGCAUUGAAAACGAGACCUGGAAAAGCAAUCCUACUGAUGGUAAAAUCUACUGUAAAUUAAAAGCAUAAGUGAGCCAUAAGGAGAUGUGAUACAAGUAUGUUAAGAAUGGUGGUAUGAUAUUGUUAAAUGUCUCUCUCUCUCUCUCUUUCUUUCUUGCUUUAAUCCCAUCUAAAGAAGCUGAAAAUACAUUGUACGUAAUCUCAUUCACUUUCCUUAUGUUUAUGGAACCAUAACUUGGUUAUGUUAUUUAUUUAGGAAUCAGAGUAUUGCUCUACUUCUAGAAAUAGGAGGACAAGGUAAAACUCCAAAUAUACCUUCCCUAGCUUAGCAGUUAAGGGCUCCUCAGCUUUAAAGGUGGUGGUCUUUAAAUAAAUGUGUUAAAUAUUUGGUUUUAAUAUUUUCUUUCUUUCGGCAUUGUAAUCUGUUGUUAGGAAAUUAUUGAAUUAGAACAUAACAAAGAAAGUAAUAUAGCAAAAUGACCAUUUUGCUUUGUGUUGUUUCUAGUCCAUCCGUUACUCCAGUGAGUUUGACUGCAUAAGUUAAUGUAAAUUCAGUCUAUGAACUUUAAAACUACUUUUAUCAUUUCUUGUUCAAGGAGCAUAGAAAGAGGUGGUUUUAUUUAGUGUUGUAAGUUUCCCCUUAUGCCAGCAGCCAUAUGAUCUCUGAAUUGCUAGCUUUGCCAGCUGAUAUUUCACGUCUCACAUUUUCAGACAGUCAUUGUUUUUGUA